AUGGAUUCUCAGGUAGAACAAGCCAUCCAGAUCGCCUUCGACCCUCGCACCGACCAGAACCUCAAAGGCCAAGCAUACGAUUUCCUCAAUAGAUUAAGAGGAGACCGAGAUGCUUGGCAAGUGUGCUUGUCACUUUUCACAAGAACACCAGCGCCUGGAGAAGUGGUUAGGCUGGUCUGCCUGGAGAUCGUGAACAAUGCGGUACAGACACAACAGCUUAACCCGCAGAGCUUGGUGUACGUGAGAGAUAGCUUGGUGGGAUACAUAAGGCAAUGGUAUACACCUGGCUCCGACAAUCUGGACACACCGGGCAUACAAAACAAGCUCACGCAGACCAUCACGUACCUCUUCACCGCUCUGUACUCUUCAGAAUGGCCCAGCUUCUUCGACGACUUCGGAAGCCUGGCAGGUGAUGCCUCGAGCAUUGGCACGACGAACCCAGCUGCAACAGUAAUCUAUCUUCGAAUCAUCGGCUCAAUCCACGACGAAAUAGCAGACCAAAUGAUACCACGUACACCUGAUGAGCUGAAAAGGCAUAAUGAGCUGAAGGACAUGAUACGAGGGCGAGAUGUGAGUAAGAUAUCAGUCACAUGGCAAGAGAUCCUGUCGAGAUGGCGGCAAAUCGAUCUCAGUAUCACGGAGAUGUGUUUGCGGACAAUUGCGAAGUGGGUGAGCUGGAUUGAUGUCAAUUUGGUGUUGAAUCAGACGGUGCAGAGUGCAUUGCUGGAGCUGGCGGGCCAACAGGGAAAUUUUGAUGCGGAGAGUAAGGAGGCCAAGGCACGGGAUGCGGCGAUUGAUACGUUCACGGAGACUGUGGGCAAGAAGAUGCCGUCGAACGAUAAGGUGGAGUUGAUUCGCUAUCUGAACCUCGAAACCAUCGUGGGUCAACUACUUGCCAGUCCUGCCCUUACUCAAAUGCGGAACACGCCAGACUACGACACGGACUUGGCUGAGACAGUGGCGAAGCUGGUCAACAACAUCAUGUUUGACAUCGUCAAGGUAUUGGACAACGACAGUGUCCAGGGUGAUACUCGAGACAAUGCGGACCGACUUCUGCAGGUCUUCAUGCCACAUAUGCUUCGACUCUUCUCUGAUGAGUACGAUGAGAUAUGUUCGAUCGUUAUCCCUUCCCUGACAGAUCUCCUCACAAUGCUGAGGAAGAAUGUGCACACGAAGAAAGUCUCGCCAUCGACGUAUUCAGUCAUGCUGCAGCCAAUACUGGACGCUAUCAUUCUGAAGAUGAAGUACGACGAGACUGCUAACUUGGAAGAUGAUGAGGACGAUGAAGAUCAAGCUGAAUUUCAGGAGCUACGUAAGAAAUUGCAUGUUCUCCAACAGACUGUGGCAGCCAUCUCGGAAGACUUGUACAUCGGGACGCUCACACAGGUCGUGUCGAACACAUUUUCUCGGCUGGACUCAGCAGAAAAGUCUACUCUGACAUGGCGAGAUCUUGAUCUGGCUAUGCACGAGAUGUACCUUUUCGGCGAGCUGGCUGUCAGGAAUGGAGGAAUGUAUGCCAAGAGCGUGCCUUCUUCCGUGGCCUCGCAGCGAUUACAGGAGAUGCUGUCGCGCAUGGUAGACGCUGACCUGGCCAACUAUCCCCAUUCAGCUGUUCAAUUGCAGUACAUGGAGAUCUGUGUCCGGUACGUCCAAUUCUUCGAACAUAACGCCGCCAAUAUCCCGAGAGUUCUAGAGAGCUUCGUCCGCUUCGUGCACAGCGAGAAUGGGAAGGUGCGACUUAGGUCAUGGUACUUGUUUCAACGAUUCGUUCGACAUCUGCGCUCGCAGCUAGGCAAUGUUGCGCGCAUGGUGGUGCAAGCCAUCAGUGAUCUACUCGUGAUUAAAGCAGAACUACCCGAGAAUCGAGAUGACGAGGACAUCUCGUCCGACGACGAAGGUCAAUCAGCGAGCGCAGCCUUCAAUAGUCAGCUCUUCUUAUUCGAAGCCGCGGGUACGGUGGCUGGGACGAGAGAAGUACCGCUCGAAACUCAAAUCGCCAUCGCAAAGUCGGUGAUAGAACCACUGGCUCGAGAUCUGCAGCAUCAUCUCCCAUCCGCCAUGGCAGGCGAUCCUCGUGCGUGCUUACAAGUCCAUCAUACCAUUAUCGCAUCAGGUAGCCUAGCUUAUGGCUUCUCGGACUGGAUGCCGGGUACGAAAGGAACGCCACCGCCGCCAGAAGUGUCUGAGGAGUUCGUGGUGGCUAGUGAAGCUACCUUGACGGCGCUCGAGUCACUGAAGCAGAACUUCGACAUUAGGAAUGCCGCCAGGAAUGCUUUCUCCCGCUUUCUUGGUGUGCUUGGAGCUCGUGUACUUACCCAGCUUCCGAGGUGGAUCGACGGUUUGCUCUCGUCUGCGUCGUCGAACGAUGAGAUGGCCAUGUUUCUUCGAACACUCGGGCAAGUCGUCUACGGAUUCAAGGCUGACAUCUCGGGUAUCUUGGACCAGCUGCUCUCUCCACUAUUGCAGCAGGUCAUGUCUGGUCUGUCGCAACCACUCACGGGAACGGACGACGAGGUACAAAUGCGAGAGCUGAAGCAGCAAUACCUCAACUUCAUUCUUGUAAUCCUCAACAACGAUCUCGCGUCGGUGCUGAUCAGCACAGCGAACCAAGGCAACUUCGACACCUUCGUCAGCACCUUAACCCGCUUUUCCACAGACCCUUCAGAUCCUCAGUCGGCACGAUUAGCUUUUAGCGCUCUGGUCAAACUCGUCUUACUAUGGGGUGGUCCAGACAUCGAUCUCGGCGGCACUCCAGCAGCAGUCUUACCAGGCUUCGACGACUUUGUCAAACAGCAGUUCGCACCUCUGCCGUGGAACCUAUUGUCAGUGGGUGGCUUCAAUCCCUACGAUGCACAGAUCCGCCAGAUAUUACAGGAAGCUGCUUCGUUGCAGUGGACUAUGCUGCGCAAGCUCGGGGGUGGAUACAAAUCGCAGCUCGACAAUGAAUUGCGAGCCAUGGGUGCUAGUGAUGAUGGUGUGACGCAGUAUAUGGAAGCUAUCAGUGGAAACGAUAUCCUGGUGUUCCGGAAGUUCUUUGCGAACUUUGUUCAGCAGGCUAAGCGAUGA